AGAGCCAGUUUCCGUAUUAUUAGAGAACACGGAGGCGGGUCUGAAACUACAUCACAGCUGAUCUGGAGCCCCCCGCCCCCCUAAGUUGUUUUUUUUUUGCAGAGAGCAGCUUUGCAGAGAUUCACAGGGGUACCUCUCUCUUUUUCUUUCUCCCUCUCUUGUUUUUAGCCCAGCGUUUUUUUAAACUCCCUCUUUCUCCAGCCAAACCUCGGAUUUAAAUCCCUGCGCCGCUCAGUAUGCCACUUCUUUUCAGAAUAAACUGUUUUUUAUCGCUUUUUUCACAGGAAUAUCCUCCUCUUUUUCCCUCACCCGCGGUGAAAUUAACCCAAGUUUGACCUAAUUUCAGUGUUGUUGUUUUUUACCUUCACAACACCUCCGUGUGGCAGUCUGGGCAAGUCAAUGGAGAUGUUUUCGGCGGAAAAUGAGGUCAAUUCUCAUUUGUUUACCUCGGUGAAGGAGUCCCCAGGAGCUGCCAUCUCCCCAACACUGGAGCUCAGUCUGACUAUCAUCUACACCGUCCUCUACUCGUUCCUGUUCAUCUUCGUUUACCUGCAGCUCUGGCUCAUUCUGCACUACGGACACAAGCGCUUCAGCUACCAGAGUGUGUUUCUGUUCCUGUGCCUGCUCUGGGCAGCGCUCAGGACAACACUCUUCUCGUUUUACUUUAAAAAUGUGGUGCAGGCCAACCAGCUGCAGCCUCUGGCCUACUGGCUGCUCUACUGCUGCCCUGUCUGCCUGCAGUUCUUCACCCUCUGCCUGCUCAACCUCUACUUCACACAGGUGAUGUUUAAGGCCAAAGCCAAGUAUUCCCCCGAGCUCACCAAGUACAAGGUUCCUCUGCGUUUGUUCUUCCUGUGUGUCAGUAUUUUCUUCUUGGUGGUGAAUCUAACUUGUGCACUGCUGGUGCAAGGAGCUCUGGAGCGCUCGGAAUCCCCGAGUGAGGGAGGCAUCAGACAUGCGGUGCUGGCCCGGGUCCUGAUCAACGACAGCCUCUUCGUGCUGUGCGCCGUCUCUCUGGCCGUCUGCAUCUUCAAGAUCGCUAAGAUGUCCUCCGCCAACGUCUACCUUGAGUCCAAGGGGACAUCAGUGUGCCAGGCGACAGCCAUAGGAGCCAUAGUGAUCCUGCUCUACACAUCCAGAGCCUGCUACAACCUGGUGGUGGUGGCUCUGUCGCCCCAAGACAGACCCAGCCCAUUCAACUACGGCUGGUACAGUGUUUCUGACCAGGCUGAUGUGCAGGAGAUCAGCGGUGAAGCCUACAUUGUGUUUGGGAUUAUUUUGUUCUUCUGGGAGCUGCUGCCUACAAGCCUCGUGGUGGUUUUCUUCAGAGUCCAAAGACCCAACCAAAACCUGGCUCCAGGAGGCAUGAUCAACAGCCACAGUUUCAGCUCCAGAGCCUAUUUCUUUGACAACCCUCGACGGUACGACAGUGAUGACGACUUAUCCAGGAGCAUUAACAGCAGGGCUGACAGGGCCAGUCUCCUGUCCACCACUCCCCAGCUGGGCUCCUCCAGCUGGUACGGCUCCAUCCAGCGGAACGGCAGUUUGACGGGAGCCGUGGCGUCCGCCCAGCCCUCCUCCUCUACGGCGCCCCUCCUGUUUGCAUACGGGAACAUCCAGAAUCACCACCACCACCACCACAACUACUACUCCACCCCGCAGAACAACAACUACCACCACCACCAUCAGAGCAAUUACUAUUCCACGCCACAGAACUACUACUGCGGCUCGCAGACCUAUUUCUGCACCCCGCAGAACUGACACCGCUCCGCGGGGCUUUGGGGACUUCUGGCUCAGGAGCCAAAUUCGCAUCACUGAAAGAGAAAUAACUCCAUCACCAUCAGAGUACAUGGCAAUCGACCAAUCAGAAUGUUUGUUAUGGCUUUGUGUUGAUCUCAGCUCUGUAAUUCCUGUCUUGUGCCAUAUUGCUUCCCUAACUAAAAUCAAAGCGACUACCUAAGAGUGAUGUUCUAGCCAAGUCUUGCUCAGGACCAAGUUGGGCAGCAGGAAUAGAAAAUAAUCCUUCACCAAAUGAUUCUGGAGAAAUGUGCUGGCUUGAGCAUGUGAGGAUUUUGCCUGGACAGUCAUACUGUCGUAUUCCUGGAAGACUGAGCGAUCACUGCUUUCCGGAAACGUUACCGAAAACCUUUUUAGAACUUUUUAGGAAGUUGUAUUAAAGCUUUCUGGAUGCAUUACUGUAUUAAAAUACCAAGAUCCACUUUUUAGGUCCAUGGUUUUGGCUCUGAGUUGGAACUAAACGUGUGUGAGCAGCCCCAUAACGGCUGCUUGUGGGAGCUGCAAGUGACAGCCGAGGAUACACGGCUUCUCACACGACUACAUUCCAUUUUCUUGCUUUAUCUUCUGCUCAAGUUUUUGAUUUCCUCGAUUCUUUCAGACCUUUUGAACGUACCAGCAUCCCCACUCAGAACUGUGAUAGAGAUUUCUCUCUUCGUUCUUUCUCCUUCACGAAGGAAAACAAAGACUUCAGAGGAUGUGAGCUGCUUUAAAAGGCAUGACUAAAAAGAAAUCACGUCAGCAGAAAGCCAGGCCAUCGACCAGUUUUUUGAAAUGAACAUGGCUGCUACUGAACACCGCAGUGACCAGUCUCUCUGUAUAUGGCUUUGGACCACAUUAUUUUCAUUGUCAUCAUCCUCGUCUCCCCCUUUCCUUGUAAAAUCUGGUUCAAUCCAGUGGACAAUCCUCAUUCUUUGGACGCUACCAUUCUGUGCAGCCAGGGGCCGUGGCGCCGCUGAAAACUGCAAGUCUGGCAAUCAGCUUUGAACUGGGACCAAAAAUGGCUGGCAGCACUGUUUGAGAAUGGGUGCCCACGUGACGAAGAGUGCUUUAAUUAACUGCGAAGAACACGUAACGCCACUUUAGAAAAAGUUUUUGGAUACAAAUCUAGAUGUUGAGUAUUUCGGACUAGUCCGGCAAGGCUAUUUGGUUGAUGUCAUCGUACACUAUUGUUUGGCUCCUGCUAUAUUACGCUUGUCUGUCGGGGAAAUAGGCUACUAGCAACAGGAUGCUGACGUCGGGCUCGUCCUUCCUUCAAAUUCUACAGAAAUAUACAGUAAAUGUGUUUAAAAUGAUAUGCCACCCACAAAUGGCAUUUCAUUGUGUUUCUAACCCUAGAUAUCAUAAUGCUCUUUAACAUCGCUGUCCAUGCAUUUGGGUGGCAGGGAACAUUUCAAGCCGCCAAGACGGCGACACAAACGGCAUCAACAGGCUCAUAUCUGCACACAGAAGAACAUACACAAGUUCUGCUAACUCAUAUGUAGCUGUUACAUAUUGUCAGGCUCAAUCGCACAUUCUCCGAAAAUAACCUAAAGUAGGAGAAAUAAAUAAAAAAAAUCAGUUCAUUGAAGCUGUUGAUGGGGCAGUAGUGUUUCAACAGGGGGCGCCGUAGCCUGCUAUAAUGAUGGACAUGGGCUUUAACACAAUCUGCGCAGCUACAAGGACAUAUCACUGCUGUUGCAUGGGAAAAAAGUUUCUCAAGUUACUCAUAAUGUGUUUUCUGAUGGGUUUCAGUUAGCCAAGUUACUGGAGUCAUGUAACCCGACAAACCAGACAUCUAUCGCCAAAAUGACACACUCUUUGAUGUGAAUUUCAUAUUUCAUAUUUAGGAAAUAUAAAGUGUGUGUUUGUGUGUCUGGAUUUGCCCACUGUUACAUUAGGACCAUGUAAACUGUCAUGUUGUUAAGUGGUGACAAAGAAGACCACCAAAAUCAGUUUUCGUGAUGUUGCCAUUUAGAAUGGACCACAUGAAUUUUAGGAAAAUAUGUCCUUGAUUUGGGCAGUAGGUAAUAUGGGUCAUAUGCAGCCUAUAAUCAACACGGAGCAGAAAUCAUCUCUAGGAAUGUCUUCUUGUCCCUGAAACGUCUUUUCAAAUGAGGCAACCCAAAAACUCAACGUGUAAAUCAAGACUAACUGAUCCUUUGUGAAUUGUGAGGCAGCGUUUUGCACUUAAUAGAAUAAUCUUUGAACUUCAUGUUCUGAAAAAAAAAAAAAAAAAAAAAAAAGCUAUGGAUAUGAAUGUAGAAUUUCAUUGUCUCUUUUAUUUGUGUGUGGGCGUGUGUGUGUGUCUGUCUUCGUCCUCUCUCUAGUAACUGUAUCGUACAGCUGAUUUUAAUAUUUAUCCUUUGAGAAAAGAAAUAUCAAUGUGCCAUCACAUCAUGUCCUAUCUAUUAGUUUGAUUCCUUAAGGAAAAGCUUUUUGCACAAAUGAUGGCUGGAUGGAUGGAUGAUAGGUUUUUGUUCUCGUGUCUCCCUGCUAAUCAAUCUCUAAUCCCAGUUUGUCUCACUUGCAUUUUGAGUCAGUUAUGUGUGUGGUCUUUAAUUAUUUUGUUUUGGGGUAUUUUUGCGAGGGCGGACACUGAAUUUGAGGUUCAAUCUUUUUAUACGUUUAAAGUUUAUUUUUCAUUUUACAUUGAUUUUACUGUCUGAUUGAUUUUAUUACUGUUUCUCUCCCAUAAUUCUUAUAGACCAUGGCCUUUAAGCAAUAUUUCACUUAGGUAGGACAUUGACAGCUUUUGGUGUGUGUGUGUGUGUGUGUAACACUGUUGUCUUGACCAAAAGCCAUGUCUGCGUAAACUAGGUUUGUCAACAGUUAAUAAUAAUAAUAAUAAUAAUAAUAAUAAUAAUAAUAAUGAUAAUAAUAAUGAUGAUGAUGAUGAUGAUGAAAUUCUAUGACACCCAUGUAUUUGUUUAAAUGACAUGACUCAGCAGUCAAAACACACAUGUAGAUGACCAUGCAAAAUUUCUCUUCAUACAAGAAAACAUAAAAAAAAACAAAGUUGCAGUUGGGUUUUUCUCUCAGUAGCGAGAAGUGUUGGGAGUUCAUCAACAGCCAGUCAUCAGGAAUGAUGCCACUCUCUCUGAUUUCGUUUACAUCAGUCAAAGGUCAUGGCUCAAGCACAUCGACCUAGUAAAGCAGGGUGACAGACAUACUUUAAGCUGAAAUUAGACUAAGGUGCAUUUGUUCCAACAUCUUCAGGUAAAGCAGACCUGUCAUUUUGAUUUAAAGCAAACUGAAUUGUUGUGUUGGCGUGCAUAGUCCCUCUGGUGUGAUAGGAGUCCACAUGGUGGUGAAACAGUACUGGAUUUCUAUCCCUCUGUUCACUUCCAUAGCAACACAGCUCUCAAAAUAACACUUUCAACAUGUAAAUGAACACAAACAAAGUGAAUUACGACAAUAUGAAAAGCAACAAGUCCCGGUACCCAUUUUUUUUUUUAACAUUAUUUUUGUGUAAUUACAAUUAUUUUUUUAAAAGUACUCUGAAGUUGUUUCUUUCUGGUGCAGAUCUACUUUCCAUUUCACAUAGGAAAAUAACAAGAAAAGAGACAUUUAAUUUACUCAAAAAAUGGGUACCGGGACUGUAUGUUUUUUAUACUUGCAUAAUGCAUUUUGUUUGCAUUCAUUUAUGAGAUAAAAGUGUUAUUUUGGGAGCUGUUUUGCUGCAUGAUGGAAGACAGUGGUGUGAAAGAAACACAGCAUUGUGGACUAGCAGCAGGAACUAUACAACUCAACAUUUUACCAAAGUUACAUGUUGCUUUAAGACAAAGUCUCAAAGAUUCAUGAAAAAAGAAGCAAAGUUCUCUCACUUUAUGGGUCCGUUGGUUCAUCUGUUUCAGUAAACUGAACAUUUGGAGUGCAUGUCUCUGCAGCAGAGAGAACAUGGUGUCAUAUUAUCUUUCCAAGGUGAUAUUAUUUCUGUAAAAAUGUAUAUUUGCUAAAUCCACUAUGACCUGGCAACGAGUAAUUGUUUUGUUAAUUGUUUAUGUUUUGAAUUGUUUUAUCUGUGGCCAUAAUGAAUGUAACCCAUUGUACUAUAGAUCACUAAUGAUGUAUGCAAGGCAAGCACUACCAUGUUUAAAUAAAGGCCUACUGCACUGUUUUUAAAAGAA